GCCUGUUAUGCUGCAUCUGCUGUUGGAUAUUUGACUGGCAGGGACAUUCCACCAGCAGUAUGUCUUGUAGUGUCCGGUCCAGGUUUUUUACAUGCCCUUGGUGGGAUGGCAAAUGCAACCAUAAACUGCUGGCCUUUGAUUGUUAUUGGAGGCUCUUCUGACAGAAAUCAGGAAACCAUGGGCGCUUUCCAAGAAUUUCCACAGGUUGAAGCUGGUAGGCUGUACAACAAACUCUCUGUACGCCCAAGCAGCCUAGAAGUUAUUCCUAAAAAAAAGGCUGUAAGAACCAGCAUAUAUGGUCGUCCAGGUUCCUGCUAUAUUGACAUACCUGGGGAUUUUGUAAAUCUUCAAGUGAAUAAGAGCUCUGUCAAAUACACAGAAUGCUGCCUGACACGUCCCAUUAGCACGGCUGAACCCUAUGCUGUAUCUAAAGCAGUAUCUAUCAUUGCUCAUUCCAAGCAGCCUCUGCUAAUCAUUGGCAAAGGUGCUGCUUAUUCACGUGCUGAAAACAGCAUCAGGAAGUUGGUGGACCUUUCUGGACUGCCUUUUUUGCCUACUCCAAUGGGAAAAGGAGUAGUUCCUGAUAACCAUCCAAACUGUGUAGCUGCAGCAAGAUCAACGGCAUUACAGCAUGCUGAUGUAAUCAUCUUGCUUGGUGCAAGGUUGAAUUGGAUUUUGCAUUUUGGUCUUCCACCAAGGUUUCAACAAGAUGUAAAAGUUAUUCAGAUUGAUAUUUGUGCAGAAGAGCUGGGGAAUAAUGUGAGGCCAGCUGCAGUUUUAUUAGGUGACAUAAACGCUGUGACUGAGCAGCUCUUAGAAGAAGUCAGCAAAAGAUUAUUGAAACAUCCUUCUAAUUCAGAGUGGUGGAAGAAGCUAAGAGAGAAAAUAACAAGCAACGAGGAAAGAUCAAAGGAAUUAGCAUUACAGAAAUCCCUGCCUAUGAAUUAUUACACAGUCUUUCAUCACAUCAGAGAACUGAUACCUGAGGACUGCAUCUUAGUAAGUGAGGGAGCAAACACAAUGGACAUUGGACGAACUAUGCUUCCAAAUUACUACCCCCGUCAAAGGCUUGAUGCAGGUACUUUUGGAACAAUGGGAGUCGGACUGGGUUUUGCUGUAGCAGCUGCAAUGGUAGCUAAAAACCAAAAACCUGAAAAGCGAGUCAUUUGCAUAGAAGGAGAUAGUGCUUUUGGAUUUUCGGGGAUGGAGUUGGAAACUAUUUGCAGAUACAAUUUGCCAAUCCUGGUUAUCGUAGUAAACAACAAUGGGAUUUACGCUGGUUUGGAUGCAAGUGUCUGGAAGGAGAUGUUGAAGGGUGGAGAUCCUACUACAUGUAUGCCUCCUGUUUCUCUCCUGCCAAAUUCACACUAUGAGGAAAUUAUGUCUGCCUUUGGAGGUAAAGGAUACUUUGUUAAAACACCAGAAGAAUUGCAGAAUGCUCUGAAAGCAAGUGUUGCUGACAAGCAAACACCUUCUCUUAUAAAUGUCAUGAUUGAUCCACGGUCUGAGAGAAAGAAACAGGAAUUUCCCUGGCUGACUCGUUCUAACAUGUAG